CUUUCGUCUCUUAAAACCUAGGUGGCGCGAGCUACCGUCCAAUAUAAAAAUAAGUCAAUUUUGUUUAUUUGUCUAUUCAUACAGGCGCAGCCAGUGGGCGCAGCCUAGCCAAGCCCAGUCCCUGUCUUGCGCGCGCUUUCUGUCGUCUCUUGCGUGCCUGCGUUUGACCGUCUGCGUCGCCAUAAUUGCUUUAUCGUUGCUUGCCCGCGUCCCCAUCAUUGCUCGACCGUUAGAGGUGGACGGCUGGACCUCGACCGCCCGUACGCUCGGUUUUUUUGCGUCGCGGGUGUUGUGGGCGUCCGUUGGGCGAUGUACGCAUUUGUAAAGUUUACCGACGGUGGCCGACUGGUUAUGCCGAUCUCGAUGAUAAAGAAGUUUAGGCCUAGGGAUGAUCAAGACUGCAACCCAAAACAAAAGCUUGAAGCGUUCUGGAUCUCUGAGAAAGGAGGGGAAGAAGGCUACUACGAAGCGACGGUGGAGAUGCUUGGAGGGACAGUUGAACUUCUCAUCCAAAAAAUGCAGAAGGCAAGAGUAGCAGUGCCAAGGAUUCUCAACAACCUCCCUGAAGGUGGAGUUGGAGACUCCAUGCAGAAGACGUCGUCAAAAAACCCAAAGAACGGAAAACAAGCACAGCUUAUUGCUCAAAAGAAAUUGUGCGAAGACUACAACUCCAACAGGACAGAAACCUCCAAGAGAACGAGGUCAGAGAGCAGCGAGAGUGAUGAAGAGACUAAUUCACUUCGUCAAAAAAAUGCAGUCAUUGUCCAACUUCGAAAGCGCUUGAGAGAGGAAAAGGAAUACAGCAGGCGGCUAGGCCUUGCCCUUCUGGACAAGAUUGAAGUGGCCCGUAAGAAGGCUUCACAGAACGGAGCUGCAGUGUCCCUUGGUCGUCGAGCUUCAAACGGCCGCGAUGGCUUUGAUCUUGCUUCUACAUCACACUCGGGUCAUCAAGCUUCGAACAUUCUCGAUGGGUCUGAUCUUGCUUCUACGUCCCACUUGGGUCGUCAUGCUUCGAACAGCCGCCAUGGGUCUGAUCUUGCUUCUACGUCGCACUCGGGUCGUCAUGCUUCGAACAGCCGCCAUGGGUCUGAUCUUGCUUCUGUGUCGCACUCUGCGGCACCCUCUCUGCCUCAGCACCCUGCUCCCGCCACUGUAGCUGUCCCCCCGAUGGAUCAACACAAUGCCCCCGCCCCUGCAGCAGCCCCCCCUAUGGAUCAACACAACGUUCCAGCCCCCCCUUUGGAUCAAGAGCCCGUUCCUGCCCCUGCAGCUGUCCCCCUUUUGGAUCGCCCCGCUCCCAUCCCUGUGGCAGCACCUCCUCUGGACCAACACCCUGCCCCACCAGCGGCUCUUCCUCAACGUCCUGUUCAUGGCGAAGCUGGAAAUCUUGCACACCAGCUGAAUGCAGCUGUCCAGGGUCCACUGCGACCACUCUAUGAAGUCAGGCAAGGGAAUAUUCAUCUGGGAGACGAUGUCUACCUCUCCGAAACAAAAAUGACGCACCUUUUGAAACUGCCAAGUGACCAGAGAUUCACUAAAGAUCUCAUGCGGUGCAUCUGGUCCAUCGAAGAGCUGCGGCAAAGAAGCGUGACAGGCCAAGCCAGCCGUCGCCUGGCCAAACUUGGAGCCGCAGCAAAGCAAGCACUCACACCAAGGAAGGUGGCCGCAGUAAAAAACGCCUUGAGCUACUACAUCAACCACCACCCAAACCCUGAGGCUGCCAACCCCCAAGAAGACCAUGCUGUCCGCCUGCGACAGAUUAACAAUACAAUGACGAACUUUCUUUCGGAUCUGGGCCGCCCUGCCAGCGGAUGCUACCAGCCACCCCAGCCAAUCCACCGUUGAGAGAGUGCCAUGUUUCCUUGAUCUCUGCCCAACCAGAACAUCACGUGCUACCCUCCCAGCGCUGGAUUGCCUGGGGUGACUCAUAGCCCCCCCCCCCUCCCCCCUGUGCUGGGAUGGAAGGUGAAACUGUGUUUUCCUUAGGACUUUAUGUUGCGCCACACGCUGAAUGUUUUUAUUGUCUAGUCAGUCUUUUCUUUCUAGUUAGUGUCUCGUAUAUUGAAGGCACCAUGGUGCCUUCAAUAUACGAGACACUUGGUUCUUGGCUGACUAUUUUCAGUUAGUUAUUCAGCCUUGGAUUUACCAUUUUUUAUUGUUAAAACCACUAAAGGAGUGGUUAAAAUUUCUAUGCAAAUAAAAUCGUUGUGAUA